UGAUGUGAUUCCCAUAUGUUCAUUUUAAUAUGAAUUCGUUUUAAAUAUAUUUGCAAAAUAUAUCCAUAAACUUUUUCGAACAUUCUAUCGACAAAUUUAUUUAUGAUUUGAUGAUUCUUUUUAAGAUUAAUUUGAUUAAUGUGGCUUGAAUAAAAGAUUAAUAUCUUUUAUUCAAGCCACUAGGUUGAUGGUUCAAAUUUCGAAUUUAUAGAUUGAUUGGUCAGUAUUAGUCAGUGCCGAGAACCAAUCAAUGAUCUCAAAAUAAAGUACAUUAACACAUUAAAAACAUUAAAUAAUUUAUAUCGUCAUACGUGAUAUUACGGAAAUUAAUAAGCAAUUGUCAAGUGGAAUAAGAAACCGUUAAACCAUAGUAAUGGUGCAAGGACACAUAUCAAAGAUUCAAUAUCGAGCAGUUGAUGAUGAAUUCUAAACAAAAUACAGGAAAAAUAACAUUGGGUAUGAUUAAAGGUAAAUCAUUUACGACGUCUGUUCCAAUAAUACAUUAUCAUGCUAGUGAUGAUGAAUUGGAGGAGCUAUAUCUUAGUACAGAUGAAGAAAAACAACAAGAUUUGGAAUAUGAAGAAGUUCCAUCUCAAUUAUCCUUAUCACCAUCAAAACUUCCAGACAAAAAGACGGAUAAAGAGAAAAUGGAAAAUAAGUUAGAGCAAAGGUCAUCUAGUAUUGAUGGAAAUCUAUCUGAAGGGACAUCUCAAUCUUCAGAUCCUUGGAAAGUAUUAUCGGACAUUAGAGGAAAAAUUACGAAAACAUUUGAAGAAAAAAUUCAUGAAAUUAAAAGUGAACACAAAAAGGCAUAUAGACAUAGUAAGGAAAAUUCAAGUAUUAGUGAUUCAGAAGAUUUAAUAGAUGUAAUACCAAUCGAAAAAAGUAUUUCUGAUAAGCAAGAAAAAGAAGAAGGAUUAACACUUGCUGACAUUAAAGAAGAUAGUAGCAGAUUUAUAGGUUUCUCUAAUAUAAAAGUUGGUAUAAAAACAAAAAAUUCAGAAGAAGAUAGUAUUGAAAGUGGAGUAGAAGCUGCUGAAUUGAACGAAAGUUUUCCUAAUGGAACAGAUGACAAAAUGCAGAGUAAUCCAUCAGAUACUAAAUGUAUUGAUAUAAAAAAUAAUGAUAAAAAACUGCAUGAUAUAUUCAACCAAUCAUUAUUACACACAAUCCUGUUUUCACCUAGGACAGAACCUAAACCAACAUUCGCAUGGCUUAAAAAUGAAUUACUCCAUCAGUUGUUUCAUCGAAUAUUUGUUUUCAUUAUGAUAAUCGCUUGUUCUUACUACCUUGUUCCAUUUCCGGAAUAUAUUCUUGGCUUUGUUGGUGGUGUGCUCGCGUCUGUUACAGUAUAUGAUACAGUAGCAAGCAUAAAAAGAAUAUUAACAACUGUACCUGAAAAUGAUGAUAUAUCAAAACAUAAGGUUUCAGUCGUAGAAAUACCUGCAGUAGAGGAGCACGCAGUUUUAGAGAGAUUUGAGGGAUGGCUAAAUGAGUUACCAUACAUAUAUGACCCACAAAAUUAUCAUGUGGCACGCACAAAGUCUGUUUAUUUCAGACUAGAAGGUGAAACGUUGCGCAUAAUGGAAACGAGAAUGAGAAUACCAAAAAGGGCUGUUUGGGAUGAACCAAAGCACAAACUCAAGUUCACUCGGAGAAGAACUUAUAACCUGGCUGGUGCAAAGAUAGAAUUACUUCCUGAAGGUCUUAUUAGAAGAAGGAGAUGGAGCAAAAAGUAUCCAAUUUGUAUUACAAUAGAAAAAGGAGCCCUAAUUGAAAAUGUUGCCUUGAAAGACUGUCAUAACAAAGAAACUAAUACUAUUAAACAUAGCAAAAAAAUUAUAGAAGAAGAUACAGAAAAUCAGCUAGAUAAAAAGAAAGACAAAGAUGAGGAUGAUAAACAAAUAGAACAAGAGGCUGAAGAUGAAAUAGAUGACGAAGAUGAUGGAGACGAAACUGACGAAGAUUCUACACAUACACGGACUCUAAGAAACUCUUUUAUAGAUGAUCAAAAUGAUAUAUGCAAACUAUUUAUUUUUGCAAGAGCUGAUCGUCAAAAAGAAGAUUGGUAUAGACGUUUGAUCAUUGCAGCAAGUUGUAAAAAAAGAAAUUCUAUCCCAACAAUGAAUGAUAAUUUAAAUCAGUCACUGUCACAACAAACGAUUAAUGAAUCGAAAGUUCCAACAUCGCCCAGUCCUGCUUUUGACCGUCCUCCAGAACUCAAUUACAAUGCAUAUAUGACUCAAUACCUUGAUACUGUUUCGACAACUCCGACUACUGAAAUCGAUCCUCCUCUUUCCAUGUAUGAUAUAACAUGGCUUAACUGUUUAUUGGGUCGUAUAUUGUUCGAUAUGCACAAAUGUUCUGAAACUAUAAAUCUGAUUCAAGACAAAAUUCAACGAAAACUUUCUAAUAUAAAAUUACCGUAUUUUAUGGAGAGUUUAUUAAUAUCAGAUAUGCUCAUAGGUCAGAGAGCACCAUUUAUCCAAGACACAUCAAAACCAAUAAUAGAUGAACGAGGGCUUUGGAUCGAUUUAAAUGUAUUAUAUAAAGGAUGCUUAACUAUGACUAUCGAAACAAAAUUAAAUCUUAUGAAAUUGACCAGAGCUGGUUCUAUGUCCAGUAAUUCUAGUGAUGUGAUAGCUGGAGAAAAAUCAAAGACAAUCAGAUCACCUAUGUUUGACAGUGAUGUAGAAGAUAGUCCAGAAACUUCAACCGAAGAUGAUGAUAAAUCUAAUAUGACAAUGUGUACAACAUCAAAAGAUACACCCUCCACUCAGUCUUCAGGGAAAAAGUUCCUUAGUAUGGUAGAUAGAUUGGCUGCAAGUAAAUACUUUCAGCAUGCGACCGAAUUAUCUUAUGUGCGAAAGGCAAUGGAAGGUGUUUCUAACACCGAAAUUCGAUUAACAGUCAGUGUUUCUGGUAUAGAAGGUUGCUUAUCUAUAAACAUUCCACCACCACCGUCUGAUCGGCUUUGGUAUGGUUUUAAGCCAACACCAAGAAUUUCGAUUACGGUAACACCUGCUGUAGGCGAAAGAAUAGUAAAUAUCGGCUAUGUGACAAAAUGGAUCGAAACUAAAUUGCUUCGAGAAUUCGAAAAAAUUGUCGUUUUACCGAACAUGGAUGACCUUAUUAUAUCGCUAUGUCCAAAUUAUCCUUAUGCCACAACGUAAAUCUUUUUGGAUGAUGUGUAAUAAGCGCAAAUGUAUUCACAAGAUGUAAAUUUUUGCAUAGAUUUUUAAAUUUGAUGUCUAUAUUUUAUUACCAUGCAAUUAUAAAAGGAUUAGUAAUGUUGUAGUUAAAGAAACGUUUUAACUAUAUACAAUAAAAAAAAAAAAGAAAGAGAAAGAAAAAAACUGAUCUGUAAUUAGUCCACCUUGAAAGUUUAAUCGAUGCAAAAAUAUAUUUUUAAAGAGCAGCGGUAAAUAAUAAGUAUGAUUUUGGAAAAAUAAUCAGUAUUGUAUUAUGAAAUUAAAUACGUAUAUAAAUAUAUAUAUAUUUUUUACUAAAAUAAUAUUUCAUAUUAAUACAAAUUUACAAGAUUAACAAAUAUGUUUCGUUAUUUAUUAAUUGAAAGCAGGAGCCAUAUUUAAUAUUCAAGGUGGAAAAAUAAAAAUAACAAUUUUCAAAUAUUUCUGUUAUAUAAAAUAAACAAAAAAUUAAAGAAUCAAUAAAGAUAAUUCUUUUACGUAUACUUAUAUACAAGCCUCACUAAAACUCGAUUUGAAAGUCGAUAGUGAGCGUUUGCUAUAAAAGAAUACCUCGUGCUACUUGCAGUUAAAGGAAAUUGGUCGAGUGAAAGUCCGAACAUAGAAAUAUUUCUAUGCGAACUUGUAAAAGAUAGGGAACUACUUCACGGACGUAUUUAUAAUAAUAGCACAUGAUAAUUUGUGCACAAUUCUUUUGACGUCAUUACAUAUACAUUUUAUAAAAUCAACAAUGUCUUCUUGUGGCUAUUUUAUCUUUGCAAUUUACGCCGAUUCUAAUUUGUAUUAGUUCCUUAUUAUGAAAUAAUACGAUUACAGACCUGUCAAUUGUGUUAAGUUCGAAGCGAUGGUACCGUAUGUAAUGCAAACAAACAAUAAACGAUUAUCAAAG